CUUUUUCAGGCACUGGAAUUCAAAGAUAACGCUUCUUGACGCAACAUCGUCUGAACAGUGGUCGUGUGUGGUCUUCGCUUCAAGCACAGCUCACCUGUCGAGAUGGCUGACAACAGGGAUAAAACUACCGACCAAAUGAAGAUAUGGAAGGAGAACAGAAGCUCUCAGAGGCCAGACACACUGACCACAGGGGCCGGCCAUCCUGUUGGAGACAAGCUGAACCUGCUGACUGCAGGACCGAGGGGUCCUCUGCUGGUCCAAGAUGUGGUCUUCACAGACGAGAUGGCCCACUUUGACCGGGAACGAAUCCCAGAGAGAGUGGUGCAUGCAAAAGGGGCAGGGGCGUUUGGCUACUUUGAGGUGACUCACGACAUCACUCGCUACUGCAAGGCCAAGGUGUUUGAGCAUGUCGGCAAAACGACACCUAUCGCUGUUCGCUUCUCCACUGUGGCUGGCGAAUCAGGAUCAGCAGACACCGUGCGAGACCCCCGAGGCUUUGCAGUCAAGUUUUACACUGAGGAGGGCAACUGGGACCUGACAGGAAACAACACCCCAGUUUUCUUCAUCAGGGACGCCCUGCUGUUCCCGUCCUUCAUCCACUCCCAGAAGCGCAAUCCUCAAACCCACAUGAAAGACCCCGACAUGGUGUGGGACUUCUGGAGCCUGAGGCCUGAGUGUCUGCAUCAGGUGUCUUUCUUGUUCAGCGAUCGAGGUUUGCCUGAUGGCUACCGCCACAUGAACGGCUACGGCUCCCACACCUUCAAACUGGUCAAUGCCGAUGGUGAGCGUUUCUACUGCAAGUUCCACUACAAGACUGAUCAGGGAAUAAAGAAUCUGACAGUAGAGGAGGCAGACCGCCUGGCUGCCACCAACCCAGAUUAUGCCAUUGGAGAUUUGUUCAACGCCAUUGCUAAUAGCAACUACCCAUCCUGGACCUUCUACAUCCAGGUCAUGACCUUUGAGCAGGCUGAGAAGUUCCAGUUCAACCCCUUCGAUCUUACCAAGGUUUGGUCACAUAAAGAAUACCCUUUGAUCCCUGUGGGCAAAAUGGUGCUCAACAGGAAUCCAGUCAACUACUUUGCAGAGGUGGAGCAGCUGGCCUUUGACCCCAGCAACAUGCCACCAGGCAUCGAGCCGAGCCCCGACAAGAUGUUGCAGGGUCGCCUCUUCUCCUACCCAGACACACAUCGACACCGGCUGGGAGCCAACUAUCUGCAGAUCCCGGUCAACUGCCCCUUCAGGGCCCGUGUGGCCAACUACCAGCGUGAUGGUCCAAUGUGCAUGUUUGACAACCAAGGUGGAGCUCCAAACUACUUUCCCAACAGCUUCAGUGCCCCAGAGACCCAGCCUCAGUAUGUGGAGUCCAAGUUCAAGGUGUCUCCAGAUGUGGCCCGUUACAACAGUGCAGAUGAAGAUAAUUUCACACAGGUUUGUACUUUCUUCACCCAAGUGCUGAAUGAAGAGGAGCGCCGGAGACUUUGUGAGAAUAUGGCAGGGGCCCUGAAGGGAGCCCAGAUCUUCAUCCAGAAACGCAUGGUCGAGAACUUGAAGGCUGUCCAUCCAGACUAUGGAAACAGGGUUCAGACCCUUCUCAACAAGUACAAUGCAGAGGCCCAGAAGAGCGCCAAUGUGCACGUUUACAGCCGUCCAGGAGUCUCUGCCUUUGCUGCGUCCUCCAAGAUGUGAUGCUUCAAAUCUCCACUGGGGGCAACCCCCUCAUUUCUCUAGGAGCAAAUGUACUUAUUGAUUACUGCUACUACCACUAACAAGAUUGGACUUAACUCUCCAAUUACCAUCAGACACAAGACGGAAAUACUAAUAUUGUGGUUUCCAGGUUAAUUCAUGCAAUUCAAAUCUGAUCUCUGAUAAAACCCUGGGAGGUAAAUCUGUCUUGACUGAACAGCCAUUUCGAAAGAAAUCAGCCGGAUUUGUUUUUUUACUAAAUAAAAAUGUAUACCACUAUGUUAUCUAAUUUUGACAGCCGACUGUUAGGUUGUACCAAAAACAUGCCAAAUUUGAGUGAUUGACUUUUACCAUGUAAAGCCUUGAAAGUAAUUUAAAAUUAUUGUAUUUACAUUUUGAUCUGUUGGGAUUAAAUCAGUUAACUGCUGUUACCUACUAUGAGUGAUGAUUGUUUCCAAUAAUUCCUCAGGUUGUGUGUACUACUAUAUUGUGAUGAUCCAACUCUUUUUAGUUUAAAGAAAACAAAUCCAGCUAUCCAAAACUACUACUGUCAACUUUCAAAUCAUACUUAUGUAAUGUCUGACAUAUACUGCAUUAAUCUUCAGUUUGGGUUCCAGUUGGUAAAAUAUCUUGGUUUGUUGCAUGAGAGGCUUGUGGCUUUGCUAAUACCACUGUGUUUUUAUUCUCACUAUGGGCAAUGAUCAGUUUUGGCUAGUUUUCCUCAAGCGUGACUGAACCACAGAUCAUUUGAAUAAUUAUGAAAAAUAGUAUAUUUCAUUUUAAAUCAGUAGAAAAGUCUGACUACUAGUUGUUUCCUUGUGCGUGCAAGUUUCAAGGUGUGGAAUUUUUUUCACUACAACUAAAACUCCAAUGUGCCUUUUUAUAUGUGCUCAAUCUACCAAAUACUGAUUACUUUAACCUUAAACUGGACUUGAUAAUGCAAGCAAUUACGAUUAAUCAAACAAAUUACUGGAAUUUAUUCAUCCAUAGAAAACACAGUAGUGCCAGUUUAAAUAUCAUGUUGGUCACUUUCAUCCUGGGAAGAGACCCCAAACAUCCUUAACAGGAUGAAAAAAAUCAAAUGUAUUAGUCCAAUAUAAAUUGUCCAUGUAACCUGCUAUUGUCGAAUUUUUGUAACAUUUCAAAUGUUCUUGAUUUGAAUGCAACUGAUUUUUUUUAUUAAUGUACAAGUUGUGAAACCCUUUCAGAUGAGAUGUGUAUUUAGUGCUUGUUAAUUUGUAAUUAAAGCUUAACAGCAGCUUUUA